UCCAUUGCAUUCUAUGUGAGAAGAGUCCAUUAUAAGAAGGCAUCUCAUUUCAUUCAAUGUUACCAAACCAAUUCCUCUAAGGUAAAAUUAGUGAUGGGAGAGGCUAUUUAUUUGGAUACCAUAUUGGUCCCUUUGAGCCUUUUCAUUACAAUAGGUUACCAUACCUUCCUUUGCUACACCAUCAAGAACAAACCUUCACGCACAACUUUUGGAAUUGAUAAGUCAAGGAGGACUACUUGGGGUCUCAACUUAAACCAGGGUAAUGACCAAAAGGCUAUGCUAAGUGUACAAAGCUUGAGGAACACUCUUAUGGCCACAAUACUCACAGCUACAAUAACAAUUCUAGUAAACAUGGCUUUGGCAGCUCUAAACAACAAUGCAUUCAAUGCUAGCCAUCUUUUUAGUAGUGGAAUUUUCGGUUCCAAAUCAGAUAAAAUAUUCCUAUUGAAAUAUGGUUCAGCAUCAAUUUGUUUGUUGAUUAGUUUCUUAUGCAGCUCAAUGGCCAUAGGAUUUCUAAUUGAUGCAAAUUUUUUGAUGAAUGCUUAUGGAGAGUGUUUGAAUGGAGGUUACACACAAAGUAUAUUAGAAAAAGGUUUCACCUUAGCUUUUGUUGGGAAUAGGGUGUUUUGUGUUGCUAUUCCUUUGAUGCUUUGGAUGUUGGGUCCAGUGCUUGUAUUUUUGGCCUCAUUGGCGUUAGUUUUUUUGUUGCAUGAGUUUGAUUUUGUACCCAAAUUCCCACAUAGCCACAAACAAUGUAACAUUGGUAAAUAACCUCUAGCUAGCAAAUUAAUGGUACUAUAAACCAAAUAGUAGAAGUAUAAAUUGUUAAGAAAUACAGAGUUAAAUUUGAAACGUACCAUGUUCAAUGGUUCCAUGUAUGAAUUGGGAUUGAGAAUAAUUAUUGCAUAA